GCAGUCUGAAAUGGAGACAGUAAUAGAGCACAGUUUCGCAACGACAUGCCCGAUUCACAGUGGCGGUCGAUCAAUGGCGUCAAGCUCCGGGAAGCUGCCCCACUAACUUUACGCCCUAUGGCGACUUCUUUCCAAUGGUUACGGGGAGAACUACACGAUACAAGUACAUAUUUAGCACGUCCACUAGACGCAUACAUAUACACCAAAAUUCCGCAAGUCACAAGAGCUACAAAGUCCAAGACAAGAUGGCUCACACAACCUUCCCCGCCGACCUCCCAAUCCCCAUCGACGACGGAGCAACCUCCCACCUCACCCCAGGCACUCCCUUCCCAACCACCAUCUCCCUUCCCUCCACAGCUUCACCUCCAACAUCCAAAGUCUCCCCAGGCUCCCUGUCCGGCCUCACAAUCCUCUUCUUCUACCCCCGCACCGCAGCACCCAACGAAACCGUCCCAGAUUCCUGGAACUCCAUCCCGGGUGCAAGAGGCUGCACACCCCAAGCCUGUUCUUUCCGCGACCUCUCCACCGAACUCCUCAAACUUGGCGUGAGCCAGAUUUUCGGUUGCAGUACGCAGUCAACAGAAUAUCAACUCGAACUCAAGCAACGCACGAAUUUACCGUAUCAGUUGUUAAGUGAUGACAAAUUGGAGUGUGUGAAGGAAUUGAAAUUGCCGACUAUGGAAUGGGAGGGGAAGACGUUGAUCAAGAGGAUGGCGAUGGUUGUGGAGGAUGGGAGGAUUUUGAAGGUGUUUUAUCCUGUUUUCCCGCCGGAUAGGAGUGCGGGGGAGGUUGUGGAGUGGUUGAGGAGUGAGUAUAAGGGGAGAAAGAAGUUGGCUAGUCAAGAGGAGGAGGGGAUGUUACGGAAUUUGCAGAAGAGGGGGUGAAAAUGAGUGAAUGCAAGUCUGAUAAAGCAGAUGUGGCGAAUCUUGAUCUCGUAUUGUUAAGCAGCAAUCUACUCUUGUAUUUUCAGUAAGCAACAGCAAAGAAGAAGAAAAGCCAACGAUCUAAUUCAGCCGAUUCCUCACGUCCUCCCCAUUUAACCACAACCCCAAAUUCUCCACCUGCUCCUCAUACCACCUAUUCAUCGUCCCCUCAUUCACAUACGCCAUAUGCGGGCUCAGCAAAACCUGACUCUGACUCCACUCCCCCACUCUCCUCCAAACACUCUCUUUCCUUAACGGCUCCUCCCAAAAUACAUCACUCGCAAAACCCGCAAUUCCACCUUUUUUCAAACACUCAAUCAACGCAUCCUCAUCAACCAACCCUCCACGACUCGUAUUCAACAACACCGCACUCUUCUUCAUCCACUCCAAUUCCUCUUUUCCAACAAUCCCCCGACUCCUCUCCGAAAGAACCAUAUGCAAACUCACAACAUCCGCCCUCUUACAAAGAAUCUUCUUACUCCCCACAACCUCAAACGUCCCUUUGGGAAGCCCAACGCUUUGGGCAGCCUCAUCAGCCUUCUCCUCUGUCAAAUUCUGACUCCAAGCAAUCACUUUCAUCCCAAAACUCUGCACAGCAAUUUUCCCAAACUGUGUCCCCAACUUCCCCAGCCCGAUCAAACCCAGCGUUUUUCCAGCUAAGGAAAUAAUCGUUCCAGAUUGCCACUCUUCUCCUCCCUCUUUCUGAAGCAAAUUAUGAUGUUCAGUGAUUUUCGAGCAGAGAGAUAAAAGUAAUGCCCAAGAAUGCUGAAUUACACUACUCGGUCCUUCGGCUGGAGGCGGAGGUUCAUAAUUC